CAUACAAAGGCCAGGUCACUGAGCAGACAACAGUAAAAUGGUCUAUUAACAUGUUCCUUAAUUGAAGAGGCAAGAAAGUCAAAUUUAUUGAUAACCCUUUUUUCUCAUUUAUUAGAAACCUUUAUUGAUAAUCGUUUGGUGCUGCAGGUAAGCAGCAAGUUUUGAAAGCGGCUUAGAAAAACGUCCCAACUUUCGUGCUACAGACCGUACGACACGCUAGGGUGGUCUUCUAAAGUUAGUAUGCGUGACCCACAAACAGUGCUAAUUAUCAUUAUCAUUCAUUUAUAAGUUUUCGAUACGAAUACUUCAUCGCCAUAGCUUUCGUUUUGGAGUUAGAGCUUCAAGAGGCUGCCUGAUGAAUGGGAAGAAGAAACAUUUUUUGUGGCUUUCAUUCUUCACUGCCGCCGUUGUGCUUGGUGGGUUUAUUUACCAAUAUAAUUUUCAAAUCACUGUUCAGAGAUAUCCAGCGCGACUCAGCGAAAUACAGCAUGAUCUCCAGACAGCUUCGGCGCCAAGCGAGCCUCAAAUAGUAUUGAUUUAUACCAAGUUUAUAAGUCAUUUGCCGUGGCCAGGGCUGAAAAAUUCGCAAGACUUCACCCAAUUUAAAGGCCAGAAAUGCCGGGAAACCAACUGCAAACUAAGUUAUGAUAAGCGAGACUUCACAAAUAGCAAGGUCGUGAUUUUUCAUGCGUAUAACAUGCCUCCUCAGAAAGAAAUGUUUGAUCUUCAACAAAGAAGACCUAAAGAUCAAGUCUGGGUUUAUUUCACCCUCGAAAACCCAAUCGUGACGUCGUACAUCGCUCCUCACAAGAAUCGUCGCGAUCUGGACAACGUUUUCAAUUGGACAAUGAAUUAUAUGCGAGAUUCGGAUAUCUAUCAUCCGUAUGGCUUCUAUUUGCCUCUAAACCACAGUGAAUUUACUCCGCUGAGCAGCAGUAUAAAUUAUGCAAAAGGGAAAAGUAAACUCGCAGUAUGGACUUGUAGUGGCCAUGGACAAGUUGUCAAGGAGAGAAAACUUAGAGUUCUGUAUGUCCGCCAACUUAGGAAGCACAUACCGAUAGAUGUGUACGGCAAGAGUGCAAUAUAUUUUCAUCAACCAAGUUUGAAAGAGAAGUGCAUGAAAGAUAAAGCUUACGGAACUCCAGACUGUAGAUCUCUUUUGCAAAACUACAAAUUUUUUCUCGCUUUUGAGAACAUGAACUGUGACGACUAUAUCACUGAGAAAUACUGGUGCACCCCCCUUGAACUUGGUUUAGUUCCUGUAGUUAUGGGGGGAGCAGACUAUAAAGCCCUCGCUAUACCAGGUUCCUAUAUAAACGUGAUGGAUUUCCCGUCUAUUAAAAAGCUGGCAGAGUAUUUGCUGUUUCUUGAUCAAAAUGAUGACGAAUAUAAUACAUAUUUUGAAUGGAAGAAGUAUUACAAAGUUGGCGGUUGUUUAAGACCUAGACUAAACAUGUCAAACCAUUAUCCUUGGAUGUGUGAAGUUUGCGCCGCUGCAAAUAACCAUUCGCUUGUAAAGAAAACCUACAGGAAGAUCCAAGACUUUUAUAAUCCUGACAAACGAUGUGCCAUACAAUAUUCAAGACUAAACGAAAUCAUCUCAGAAGCUGCGGAAAUGUCACUCAAAGAGACACUGGAGCGACAGUGACCCAGACCAUCUGAAAAGACAGACACCCUGGACACUGGCAUGCUCGCACGUGGACAGACAGACACUGGUGAAAAGAAGAGCAACAAGACGAAGCAAUAAUUAAAUGAUUUUUGGUUGCCAGAUCAAAAGGAUUUUACGAUAGUUCUUGUUAUGAUCAGCUGCUAUAUCUUCCCACUUUACGGUUACGAGUGAAGUCAACUUUCCGGCAAGCGUAAUAGUUCCUCUGGAGAACAAGACUUGACUACCACUAGUUCUACUGUUAACCGGUUGUAAUGUCCACCAGAAGGUCGGAAAAUUCCGAUAACAAACCCUCCUGCCCUGAAAAUAGCACGCCGAAUAAAGGGACAUGCCAAACGAUUGAGUUUCCCUGUAGCCUGCGUGGCUGGCGGGAAAUAUUCGCGAAGGCAGAGCACUCGUGCGCGACAUCCCAUCGGCUACACAGGUUACUAACGUUGUGGAAAUUAGGAUCCGAACAACACAGAUAUACAACAAUUUUAUAAGUACACACCUCCCCUUAUAGCCUUAUAGACAGUUCUCUGUUAUGGACAGUUAACUUUGUCUAGGUAAAAUUUUCAUUUAUUAUUUCGCUUAUUCCGCGAGCGAGCAAGACGAACAAAAUCUUGUUUUGUGGUUGGCUAUACCCGAGGGGCAACAUGUGGGUUACCCGGGGUAACUCAGAUUGACCUCGUGGGUAACUCCGGAGAAACUCGGAGUACUAGUGACUCGGAGGAAGCUCAAUAGUGACUCGGAUUAACUCGGAGGAAGCUCAAUAGUGACCGAGAGUAACUCGGAGUAAUUGAAAACUAAUUGAGAACAAGAUUAAGAGUAAUUCAGAGUAACUCUUUGAAGCUGAACAGUAACCUGGAGUAGCUUGUAGCGAGCUGAAGACAUCGGCGGAGGAGUAUUCAUUUGUGAGACGUACAUCUUAAACCGUCAUGCGCUCUCAGAAAAUCUUUAGCAUAAACGCAAUAUCAACUUAAUUAUAAACGGAGGCUCUGAGGACGAGAAUGAAAGCAACUGCUUCUCUACUGAAAGGUCCUCCACAGAAUUGGCAUUUUAUGUAUUAUUACGUAUUUUUAUCUUUUUUAUUCCUUUUGUAACUGAAAAGCCCCUUUGGGGAGUUGCAAAUAAAGUAUGUAUGUACUCACACUAGUCACCUUUGAGUCACUCUCGCUAUAAAGA